AUGUAUGAAGCCGUCAUUAAUGCAGGCCCUACGGCCCAACUGAAACAAUCGCCAAUACCUUCACCGAAUGCAGACCAAGUCGUUAUCAAGGUGGUUGUCUCCGGAAGUAAUCCCAAAGAUUGGAAAUUACCGGAUUUGUGGGGUUCGGAAGGCAUCAAUCAAGGCGAUGAUAUUGCCGGAACUGUCCAUGAAGUUGGAGCUAAUGUCACUGAAUUUAAGGUUGGCGAUAGAGUAGCCGCAUUCCAUGAAAUGCAGACUCCAGGUGGUAGUUAUGCGGAAUAUGCGGUCGCGUGGGCUCAUACCACUUUUCAUCUUCCGAAGCAGACAUCUUUUGAAGAAGCUGCAACCAUCCCCUUGGCCGGAUUGACAGCUGCUCUUGGCCUUUUUGCUCGCUUAAGGCUUCCAACCCCGAUUACGAAAGCUACAGAGCCGACACCCACUAUAAUCUACGGCGGCUCCACAGCUGUCGGUGCCUUUGCUAUUAAGCUGGCUCAACGGGCCAACAUUCAUCCACUCUUCGUGGUUGCCGGUUCUGGGUCAUCUUUCGUCGAGAAAUUGAUUGAUCGCUCCAAGGGUGAUCUCAUCGUUGACUACAGACCAGGCCCAGACCAGCUUGUUGAGCAGUUAAACAAAGCUAUUAAGAGUGCCGGCCAGGCCAAGGUCAAAUACGCCUUGGAUGCUGUGACCCAGGAGCCUAGUUUCCAGGUCUUAGCAAAAGUGCUCGACCCGGAUGGAGGACGGUACACUGGUGUGUUGUUGUAUGAUAAGAGUGUCUUUGCUUCAGGCAUAGUUCAUUCUCGUACGUCGGUUGGCAACUCUCAUGCAUCCGAUGAGAAAGAGCCUGGUGAUGCAGACUUGGCAUUUGCCUUCAGUCAGUUAUUCGGAAAAGGGUUGAAAGACGGCUGGUUCACCGGACAUCCGUUCGAGGUUGUGCCUAAUGGAUUGGCUGGUGUUGAGGGAGCACUGAAGAACCUCAAGGAUGGGAAGAAUAGUGCUCUGAAGUAUGUGUUCAGAAUUGCAGACACACCCCAAUUGAAGGAUGGACAAUCUCGCAUAUAG